AUGGGUUUCGGGACACUGAGUUUAUCUGUGGUUGUCCGAUUUGAGGCCACGAAUUUCAAUGGUUUGCCCCCAUCUCGGUCUUCUAAGUCGUCUCCUCAUCUAUCAUUCACGAAACCAUGUUGGGUUGUGAAAACGGAGUCGAAUGUUCGGAGAAAAAGGAGGAAGAAGCCGGAUCCGCAUUGUGUGGUAUGUGAGGGGAGUGGAAGGGUUGAUUGCCACCAAUGUUGUGGAAGGGGAAGGACAAACCAGACUCAUUUGGAAAUGCUCCCGAAAGGUGAAUGGCCAAUAUGGUGUAGGACUUGUGGUGGAAGUGGUCUUGAUUAUUGCUCCCGUUGCCUUGGGACUGGAGAGUAUAGGUAUAUCAUGGGCUUCCAAUUCAUGAACCAGGAUGAUAAUCAAUCUCAAGAAAACAAGUCUUAGCCUUUUCUUGUCUUGGAUGAUAGUACUAGAUUCAAGGUAUUAGAGAAUGUCUAGAUGCGACAACUUUACUUGUAAUUGCUGAAUGACUAGUGUCAAUCACAGUAUGAAAAACCUUGAUAUAUAGAUUGUUCCAAGUCUCACAUCCCAGUAUAAUUUAUAUUGACUUGCAGGUAAUGUCAUUUAAAGUA